UCUCACACACAGUCACACACGCAAAAAAAAACACACACCGGUGAACAGUAUUAAUAAUAACCUGUGCUUGAAAUAUGGCAGAUUCAGCCUCCCAAGGUUUCUCGCAAUUUCUUCUUCUUCAAUUUUCCUGACUUUUUCAAUCCCAAGUUUCCUUUUUGCUGUCAAUUUUUUUUGGUUUUCCACUCACCAUUUUCCCCCCCUAUAUAUACAACGCAUACAAAUCAACUCCAGGAGGAUAUUCAUCGCACGAUUAAAGGAAGCUCCCCUGUUUUUUUUUUUCUGUAUCAAUUGCAAUUUAACAGGUACGAAUCGUCUGAUCCGGUGGUUUCAGAUAAUUCUUGGUUGAGUGGAUCACCUGUAUCUAUGGGGGAAGCACCAGCUUUCUUUGCAGAUGAUCUACAGGAACAUUCCCCAAAUGGGGUUCUCUUAAAUUCCAAGAGCUGCGAAACCGCUAUCGAUAUCGGCUGCAGUAAAACAUAUGUCAUCGGUGCAACCGAAAAUGAAUCUGCUUCCACAAUUGGAGUUCGGAUUUUCGAUAGAUCUACCAAUGAAUGGGUUAUUCCCACUGUUUUGGGGAUAAAACCCAAGCCAUCAGAGGGCCAAUCGGCUAUCGCCUUAGACGAAGAACGGAUCUUGGUUAUUAAGGGAAACUCCACUUCCGAUGAUUGCUUUUGGUUUCUUGAGGUUGAUACUGCAUUUGUUCGAGAGCAAAAAACAAGAUUGGGGACUGAAGUGGUUGCUUGGAGCAAAGGAGUAGUCGGUGAAGCUGAAAAACCGAUUGUUAUUAGUGGUCCUUCUGGAGUUGGUAAAGGUACUUUGAUCAACAAACUGAUGGAAGAUUUUCCGUCCAUGUUCGGUUUUUCAGUUAGCCACACUACCCGUGCACCGAGGAACAAUGAGCUAAACGGGGUCCACUACCAUUUCACCGAACGCUGUGUGAUGGAGAGAGAUAUUAAGGAAGGAAAAUUCCUCGAGUUUGCAGCUGUGCAUGGAAAUCUAUACGGCACUAGUAUAGAAGCUGUGGAGGCUGUUACAGACCGAGGAAAGAGAUGCAUCCUUGACAUUGAUGUUCAAGGGGCAAGAUCUGUGAGAGCUAGUUCUCUUGAAGCCAUUUUUAUCUUUAUAUGUCCUCCCUCGUUUGAGGAGCUUGAGAAACGCCUUCGCUUAAGGGGAACCGAGACUGAAGAACAGAUCCAAAAGCGACUCCGAAACGCUAAAGCAGAGAUCGAGCAAGGAAACUCAUCUGGACUCUUUGAUCAUAUUUUGGUUAACAAUAACUUGCAGACGUGUUAUGAGAAUCUUAAGAAACUUCUCGGCCUUAGUGAUUGUGACAAGAAUACCAAGAUAUCAGUGCCGGAGUUGUUUCACAUGCCUGUGGAACAUACAGUUUCGAAAAUUGAACAGAAAAUCCUGAUAAACUAUAUCGCCACAGAAGAAGAAAAAUCGGCUACAAAUAUGUUUGUGCUGGAUUUAUCUUCGAUCAAAGGUGGGGCCCCUGGACGGACCAGGAGUCUGAACAUUCGCUUGGCAAAACCAUCCACAAACGGCAUUAUUUGUUCGAAAAUGGCAAGCUAACACAUCAAAAAAAAAAAAAAAAAAAAUCGACUAACAAUAUUUAUGUUUUCGCUUCUUUUGAAAAAUAAUUAAAGUUCCGAGUUAGAUUAGCCUGUUCGAGGGUAUAAGAAAAGCCUACAGAUAUAACAUGGGGAAGCAGCUUAUGAACAACUAUUUGACUUCCCAUAAUGAGAGAAAGAAAAUGAUUAAUGAAAGCAUUGUAGCUUGGUUAGGGGAGAUAACUUGUUUUAAUCUUUUAUUCUUCUGAUGAUGUCGAAACACAAAACAUUGAUUCUUGUAAUAUGAUAUGCUUAUUAAUUUGCAUUUGUAUCUCUAUAUUCAAUUCGUCGCAGUCUUGUCUUUAA